AACCAAACACGAUCCCUCCUUACCACCCUCUACUCGCGCCCCCAUGCCUGACUCAUGUAAACCCAAGUCGUCAGGGCCAGGGGGUUGUGGAGACAGAAACUUCCCACGCCGACAGUCCCAUUUGGCUCUCUGUUCCUCCCGCUGCUGUCACAGAGGCUGAGCAGUGGUGGGCCAGCUGUAGCCCACACAGAGGGGGCUCUGGUUGCAGCCUUCUCUGGGGGCCGGAUGGAGAGCCCUCCCAUUUGCGGGGCUGCCCUGAUUUCGGGCCCAGCCGGGAGGCAGGCCUUCGAGCCUACCAUGCACCCCUGCCUGGUAGGUGCCGCAGGGCCCUGGCAGAGGCUGGAAGGCGCUCCUCUGUUCCGGGCCCCCAGAGACUGAGGGCGAAACCCAGAGACUGAGGGCGAAUCCUGCCAGUUGUCGACUUCCCCGGGACUUGGGGUGGGGUGGGCUCUGCCAGAGUCACCCUGAGCGUCCAGCCCCAUCCUCAGCCUAUCAGAAACAUGAGUGUGACCCGGGCCAUGGAGGACAGCUGUGAGCUGGACCUAGUGUACGUCACCGAGAGGAUCAUCGCCGUCUCCUUCCCCAGCACGGCCAAUGAGGAGAACUUCCGGAGCAACCUCCGAGAGGUGGCCCAGAUGCUCAAGUCCAAGCAUGGCGGCAGCUACCUGCUUUUCAACCUCUCUGAGCGGAGGCCGGACAUCACAAAGCUCCACGCCAAGGUACUGGAAUUUGGCUGGCCUGACCUUCACACCCCUGCCCUGGAGAAGAUCUGCAGUGUCUGCAAGGCCAUGGACACUUGGCUCAACGCAGACCCUCACAACGUCGUUGUUCUACACAAUAAGGGAAACCGAGGCAGGAUAGGCGUUGUUAUUGCGGCUUACAUGCACUACAGCAACAUUUCUGCCAGCGCUGAUCAGGCCCUGGACCGGUUUGCCAUGAAGCGGUUCUAUGAGGAUAAGAUUGUGCCCAUUGGCCAGCCAUCCCAGAGAAGGUACGUGCACUACUUCAGUGGCCUGCUCUCUGGCUCCAUCAAAAUGAACAACAAGCCCUUGUUUCUGCACCACGUGAUCAUGCAUGGCAUCCCCAACUUUGAGUCUAAAGGAGGGUGUCGGCCCUUUCUCCGGAUCUACCAGGCCAUGCAGCCUGUCUACACAUCUGGCAUCUAUAAUGUCCAAGGAGACAGCCAGACCAGCAUCUGCAUCACCAUCGAGCCUGGGCUGCUCUUGAAGGGAGACAUCUUGCUGAAGUGCUACCACAAGAAGUUCCGGAGCCCAGCCCGCGAUGUCAUCUUCCGUGUGCAGUUCCACACCUGUGCCAUCCAUGACCUGGGGGUUGUCUUUGGGAAGGAAGACCUUGAUGAUGCCUUCAAAGAUGAUCGAUUUCCAGAAUAUGGCAAAGUAGAAUUUGUAUUUUCUUAUGGACCAGAGAAAAUUCAAGGCAUGGAACACCUGGAGAAUGGGCCAAGUGUGUCCGUGGACUAUAACACCUCUGACCCCCUCAUCCGCUGGGAUUCCUAUGACAACUUCGAUGGGCAUCGAGAGGACGGCAUGGAGGAAGUGGUGGGACACACUCAGGGGCCUCUGGAUGGGAGCCUGUACGCCAAGGUGAAGAAGAAGGACUCCCUGCAUGGCAGCACUGGGGCUGUCAACGCCGUGCGCCCUGCCCUGUCGGCUACCCCCAACCACGUGGAGCACACCCUCUCCGUGAGCAGCGACUCGGGCAACUCCACAGCCUCCACCAAGACAGACAAGACCGAUGAGCCGGCCCCCGGCCCCACCAGCGCCCCUGCUGCCCUGAGUCCUGAGGAGAAGCGCGAGCUGGACCGCCUGCUCAGUGGCUUCGGCGUCGAGAGAGAGAAGCCAGCGCCCAUGUACCACACGCAGCAUCUCCGGUCCCGCCCCGCGGGAAGCCCGGCUGCACCCGCCGCCGGCCGCCACAUCGUCCCAGCCCAGGUUCAUGUCAACGGCGGGGCCUUGGCAUCCGAGCGGGAGACAGACAUCCUGGAUGAUGAGUUGCCCAACCAGGACGGGCACAGCGUGGGCAGCAUGGGCACACUGUCCUCCCUGGACGGGGUCACCAACACCAGUGAGGGGGGCUACCCAGAGGCCCUGUCCUCACUGACCAACGGUCUGGACAAGUCUUACCCAGCGGAACCGAUGGUCAAUGGCGGGGGCUACCCCUAUGAGUCCGCCAGCCGGGCGGCGCCUGCCCAUGUCGGCCACCCUGCCCCUGUGCGGCCCUCCUACUCGGCACAGGAGGGUUUAGCUGGCUACCAGCGGGAGGGGCCCCACCCAGCCUGGCCACAGCCAGUAACCACCUCCCACUAUGGCCUUGACCCCAGCGGUAUGUUCCGCUCCCAGUCCUUUCCGGAGAGCGAGCCCCAGCUGCCCCCAGCUCCGGCCCGCAGUGGCAGCAGCCGGGAGGCUGUGCAGAGGGGUCUGAAUUCCUGGCAGCAGCAGCAGCAGCAACAGCAGCAGCAGCCUCGUCCCCCUCCUCGCCAGCAGGAGAGAGCCCACCUGGAGAGUCUCGGGCACAGCAGGCCCAGCCCUCAGCCACUGGCAGAGACCCCCACCCCCGGCCUCCCUGAGUUCCCAAGGGCAGCCUCCCAGCAGGAGAUCGAGCAGUCCAUCGAAGCACUGAACAUGUUGAUGCUGGAUUUGGAGCCCGCCGCGGCAGCCGCCCCCCUGCACAAGUCCCAGAGCGUGCCGGGGGCCUGGCCGGGGGUUUCCCCACUAUCCUCCCAGCCUCUCGCUGGCUCCCCCUGCCAGCCCCAUCCCCUGACCCAGUCCAGGUCUGGCUACAUCCCCAGUGGGCAUUCCUUGGGAACCCCUGAGCCGGCCCCACGGUCCUCCCUGGCUCUGGAGUCCUUCCCUUCUGGCAGGCCAUACUCACCUUACGAUUAUCAACCAUGUCCUGCUGGGUCCAGCCAGAGCUUCCGUCCGAAAAGCCCAGCCUCCUCCUCCUCGUCCACCUUCCUUCCAACCACCCAGAGCCCUCCAGGGCCUCAGCAGCCCCCAGCCUCUCUCUCUGGCCUCCCCACUCAGCCUCAGUUCCCACCAAAGGAGGCAACUUCAGACCCAUCCCGCACUCCAGACGAGGAGCCACUGAACCUGGAGGGGCUGGUAGCCCACCGGGUAGCAGCAUACAACGCCAAGCUGCAGGGCAUGGGACACACCGGCUUCCAGCUGCGUCCUCUCCACCGGCUCCGAUCUUCCUCCCUCUCCGGGGUGCAGGCUCGGGAGAAGCAGCCUGCAGAGCCUCCCGCCCCUCUCCGGAGGCGGGCAGCCAGCGAUGGACAGUAUGAGAACCAGUCUCCAGAACCCGCGUCCCCCCGUAGCCCUGGGGUUCGUUCCCCUGUCCAGUGUGUCUCCCCUGAGCUGGCUCUCACCAUCGCCCUCAAUCCUGGAGGGCGACCCAAAGAGCCGCAUCUGCACAGCUACAAGGAGGCCUUUGAGGAGAUGGAGGGAACCUCCCCGACGAGCCCACCGUCCAGUGGGGUGCGCUCCCCUCCAGGUCUGGCUAAGACACCCCUGUCUGCGCUCGGCCUGAAACCCCACAACCCAGCGGACAUCCUGUUGCACCCUACAGGUGUCGCCAGAAGACUGAUCCAGCCAGAGGAGGAUGAGGGGAAGGGGGUGACCGAGCUUCCCAAAGAGCCCCGGAGCUAUGUGGAGUCGGUGGUGAGGACAGCAGUGGCUGGACCCCGAGCUCAGGACCCCGAGCCCAAGAGCUUUAGCGCCCCAGCUGCCCAGGCCUAUGGCCAUGAGACGCCCCUGAGGAACGGGACCCUGGGAGGCUCCUUUGUCUCCCCCAGCCCCCUCUCCACCAGCAGCCCCAUCCUCAGCGCUGACAGCACUUCGGUGGGGAGUUUCCCGUCCGGGGAAAGCAGUGACCAGGGCCCCCGGACACCCACCCAGCCUCUGCUGGAUUCAGGCUUUCGUCCCGGCAGCCUGGGCCAGCCCAGCCCUUCGGCUCAGAGAAACUACCAGAGCUCUUCUCCUCUCCCGCCUGCGGGCAGCAGCUACGGCGGCCCCGACUACUCCCUUCAGCAGUUUGGCUCCCCGGAAGGCCAGGCGCGGUCUCAGUUCACUGUGGCCGGUGUCCACACGGUGCCUGGGAGCCCUCAAGCACGCCACAGGACAGUGGGCACCAACACCCCCCCCAGUCCUGGCUUUGGCCGCCGGGCCAUCAACCCCAGCCUGGCUGCCCCUGGUAGUCCCAGUCUGAGUCACCGCCAGGUGAUGGGUCCAGCAGGAACUGGUUUGCAUGGCAGCACUGUCUCCAGCCCCCAGGGUAGUGCAGCAACCACUCCGGGAAGCCCCAGCCUGGGCCGGCAUCCCGGGGCGCACCAGGUUCCUGGCCUCCAUGGUGGUGUGGCCACAACUCCGGGAAGCCCCAGUCUGGGCCGGCACCCUGGGGCCCACCAAAGCAGCCUGGCUCCUGGUCUCCAUGGCAACACGAUAGCCAGCCCGGGAAGCCCCAGCAUGGGCCGGCACAUGGGAGGGUCUGGAUCUGUGGUUCCCGGCAGCCCUAGCCUGGACCGGCACGUCGCGUAUGGUGGUCACUCCACCCCCGAGGACCCAAGACCCACACUGUCCCGGCAGAGCAGUGCCUCUGGCUACCAGGCGCCCUCCACACCCUCCUUCCCCGUGUCCCCUGCCUACUACCCGGGCCUGAGCAGCCCUGCCACCUCCCCGUCGCCGGAUUCAGCAGCCUUCCGUCAAGGGAGCCCCACACCAGCCUUGCCGGAAAAGCGGAGGAUGUCCGUGGGAGACCGCGCGGGCAGCCUCCCCAACUAUGCCACCGUCAACGGGAAGGUGUCUUCCUCGCCUGUGGCCAGCGGCAUGUCCAGUCCCAGCGGGGGCAGUACUGUCUCUUUCUCCCACACGCUGCCCGACUUCUCCAAGUACUCCAUGCCAGACAACAGCCCUGAGACACGGGCUAAAGUGAAGUUUGUUCAGGACACUUCCAAGUAUUGGUACAAGCCUGAGAUCUCCAGAGAGCAGGCCAUCGCACUCCUCAAGGACCAGGAGCCAGGGGCCUUCAUCAUCCGCGACAGCCACUCCUUCCGAGGGGCCUAUGGGCUGGCCAUGAAGGUGUCUUCUCCCCCUCCGACCAUCAUGCAGCAGAAUAAAAAAGGGGACAUGACCCACGAGCUGGUGAGACAUUUCCUGAUCGAGACCGGCCCCAGAGGAGUCAAGCUCAAGGGGUGCCCCAAUGAGCCAAACUUUGGGUCUCUCUCUGCCCUCGUCUACCAGCAUUCCAUCAUCCCACUGGCUCUGCCCUGUAAGCUGGUCAUUCCAAACCGAGACCCCACAGAUGAGUCGAAAGGUAGCUCGGGCUCUGCCAACUCCACCACUGAUCUGCUGAAGCAAGGGGCAGCCUGCAAUGUGCUCUUCGUCAACUCCGUGGACAUGGAGUCGCUCACUGGGCCACAGGCCAUCUCCAAAGCCACUUCUGAGACGCUGGCUGCUGACCCCACACCAGCUGCCACCAUCGUUCACUUCAAAGUUUCUGCCCAGGGAAUCACACUGACUGACAACCAGAGAAAGCUCUUCUUCAGACGACACUACCCACUCAACACUGUCACCUUCUGUGACCUGGAUCCUCAGGAGAGAAAGUGGAUGAAAACAGAGGGAGGUGUCCCCGCUAAGCUCUUCGGCUUCGUGGCCCGGAAGCAGGGCAGCACCACCGACAACGCCUGCCACCUCUUCGCUGAGCUUGACCCCAACCAGCCUGCCUCUGCCAUCGUCAACUUCGUCUCCAAGGUCAUGCUGAAUGCCGGCCAGAAGAGAUGAACGCCACCCCUCGCCCAGGGCCAGGGCAGUGGGGAUGGGGCAUGUGGGGAGGGGACCCAUGAAUCCUGACCACCCUUGAAUCCAGAAGGAGGACUUUGGGCCAAUUUUGGAGAAGGAGAGAAGAAAGUGCAACGUGGGGAGGGGGAAGUGAAUUGCAGAGGGGAAGGGGGAGAGAGAAAGAGAGAGAGAGAGAGAAAGAAAAAGAUGGAGGAGAAUAACUCGGAUUCCCCUGGGUAGAUGGAUACUGUGGAGCCCCCAAAGCCUCCACUGCCCACCAGGUCCACCUGACUCCCCCCACCCCUCUGAGAGGAUGGGGCUCCUCAGAGGAGACCGACCAGCUCCUUGGGGAUCUGUCAUUUGGGAGUAGAUGGAAAAGCUCUGUCUCCCUAACCCUACUGCUUGGCAAGGAGAAAUCAGAUUGAGAGCAUCCUUUUCUGGCCGCCUCUGGGGUAGAUGGGUGAACCAAAUAGAGCCAGCACGGAACAUCAAGUGGCCGAACUUUUGCCUUUGAAAGUUUCUGAGUCCUGGGGUACUGCAGGGUCUCGGGACUGUGCCUCCGCCGUGCAGUGUGCAGGUGUGUGUAGAGGGUGUGUCGUGGGACCACACCCUUGUCCUCACACACUGACUUCCACGUGCCUCUUAGCCAGGGUCGUAUCACCUAGCCUUGUCUGUGCCCGUGUGUGUGCAUACACAUGUGCCUCCUGUCCAGAGAAGGUGACAGCAGGGGGUGACAGGGCAGCCCGAGGGGACAUAAGCCCCGUUCCCCAGGAUUCUGGGUCACAGACUGUGGGUCCCUUUACCUGUGCUCUCGCGGCCCUGGGUGUUGUCAGCCCCUUCUCAACAAAGACCCCGGCGGGGCAGGGGAGGCCAGAAUAUUGGUUUUGGAGGGAGGUGCAGACACACAUGUGCGUAGUUUUGGGGAAGAGAGCCACCAGGAGGGGCGGCCUUGGCCUCGGAGCUCAGCGGAUUGGACAGAUUGGACAUGUGUGGUCCCUCAGCAGCCUGGGCAGGUCGCUCCCACUGCCCCGAGCCCUCAGCCCGUUCUUGGGUUUUGUGCCCCAGACUAGCCUUUCCUCAUUUCCUUAUCUGCUUGUUGCCCUUCUGGGUGUGGGGUAUUGAGCCUUCCUGCCCUGCCCUGCCCUGUCCUUCAGGGUCCUCAAGUUGGAGCUUGUCCUGGGGAACUUGCUUUCAGAAGCCCUGCCCAGCAAUCCCCAGGAAAGGCCCCUGAAGGGCUCGUGGCUCCCUCUGUGAGUGUUUUGGGGUCUGAUUCUACCGGACUGCCUGGGAUGUCCUUAGCAGAUUUCUUGUUGCUGCUGUCUGUGCAUCCCACAUGGCCUGCCUACCUUGCCAAAGCCUUGCUGUUCCCCCCCCUGCCUUGGUUUCCCUGGCAGAACCAAGCUGCCCACGGAACAGAGGGGCCAAGGGAUGCAUUGAGGUCAGAGGGCCAAGAGGCCAUCUGGGCAGUUGGGGACCCCUCAUACCACCACCCAAGGACUCUAAGCUGGAAUGGAAAAUUCACCAGGACUCCAUUCUUGGGGGGCUUCUUAAGCCUAUGGGGUCCCUUAGAGAGAGGCAUUGUACUGAUAUAUAAAUAUAUAUAAUAUAUAUGUGGGACAUACUGACAGAAUCUGUAAGCUAAUAAAAUAUAAGAAAAGGUUAAAAAAAAAAGAAUAGGUAAAUUGACGAGAAGUAUUUAUUGUUUUCCCAUAUUGCUUUAUUGCCUCCCGGGGCAUAAACCAAUUUCCAUCCCUUUUUCAUGUCUAAGUGAAGUCUGAAAUGUAGGGGCCCUUUAUUCUUGGAGGAAGCAGGGGCUCAGUGGUGGCACCUGCUCCAUUCCCUUGGCCCCCUUAUUUUCUGGCAAGCCCGGGGCACAACAGUCAGCUCCCAGAGAGGGCGGCGGGGGGGGGGGGGGCUGCCCUCCUCCCUGUGGGACUGCCGGGACAAGGGUGUGUGUGGUGGAUGGGGACGUGUGUGUCUUUUGCAUUUUUUCUCCUCCAAGAAGCUGUAUCUGUGUGGACGUUCUGUUUUCAGGGAGUUGGAAAGGAGAGUGUCUGACGGUGGGGAGCAGGCCCCCGCUUCCUAAAGGUUGCAGCCUUGUACUUGGUGACCAAGGUUCCUCCAAAGCGCUCUUCCUUCUGAGGCAUUCAAGCCAGACACCCAGAAAUCCUCCCCUCCUCCUUCCCACCCACCCCAACUCUCUCCCCAGAUGGGAGAUAUUUCCUCCCCACUUCCUCUGUAAAUAUCUUACAUCUCCCGCUGGACGUGGCCCUGGGCGCUUGCCCCUCCUGGUCUGGAUGGCCUCUCCUCACUCGGGGCCUGGCGGAGCGGCAGACCCUUCAGCAGCCAGCCCUGGGCCUUCACACACGCUUUCCUACUGCCCACCGGCAGCCCCUGCCUCCCAGGCACGGCCAGCCUGCCCCGCUCAGGCCUGAGCCCAGUGUGACCCUGGGAAGGACCAGGGCAUCCUGGGAAGCUGAGCAGCUCACUCCUCACUCACUCCCUUGCAUCCCUCUGGAAGGAGUGGGUUUCCAGAAGAAUGCUGGGGAAGGGUACCCCAGUCUCCAAGUGGCCCCACUUUGGGGUCAGACACUGGUUGGGAGGACACUGUGGCCCUCUCAUGUCUCACAGGUUAGGUCUGUGCACCCCUGCGUGCGCACGGGCACACACACACACACACACACACACACACACACACACAGCACCGCAGUAUAUUCUUGCCAAAGAUUUCCUUUAAGAGAAAGCACUUUUAAUCAUUAUUGUUAUUAUUGUGUAAAUGUCUAACCUUUUCUCUCCUCCCUCCCCCGCACCCCUUUUUGCUGUUACUGUUGAAUCUGUCUGUCAGCCAGGAGAGUGCUGUCUGGUCUUGAAAACAGGCUGGCAGGGCCAGGGUCCGGGGGAGGUUGGCAAGGAGGAACGGGAGAGGCAGGGUCAGGUUACAGGGCGGGGUGCAGACGCCAGGCAGGCUCAUGGCCCCCCCUGUGCUCCAGCCAGGCGUCUGAGGUCGGCCUGGGGCCUCCCUGGGGCUGGCCUGAGCGGUGUCUGGAGGGAAGAGGGCAGGGAAGUGACAUCUGUCUGAUUCGGUGAGAGAGGGUCAACGAGGUACAGGGGAGUUCAUGCCGGUAGACCAGGAGGAGAGGACAGAGCACGGGAACAAUGGAGAGGUGACCCCAGAGGGGAGAGAGGAAGGAAGGGAGCUGUUGGGUCCACCUCCAGGGGUUCCUGAAAUGCCCCUGCCCAGCAGUCUUGGUGUCCUGGCUUCCUUACCUAGUCAGCUGCUUGAGGGCCAUGUACGCUGUGUCCGAGGUUUAGGAUGGGCCUUCUGAUUCCCCUCUUCAUCGGAGUCUCUCCUAGCAGCUCUGAAAACUCGUGGACCCCUUCUCCCUUGGGUUUUGAGGAAUCCCUCUGUGUAUCAGAGACUGGCAGGACAGGAACAGUGGGGCCUGGUGGCCAGAAGAAGCCACAGCCAGCUGGACAAGUGUGAUCCUUAUAAAGGGGGCUCUCAGGAGGAGAGGGAGGAUACUCCGAUGUGCCCCAGUCCAGGUCGGGCAGGCUCCUCCUGCCACACAAGGUGUGUGGAGGCAUCUAGAAGCAGAACAUCUAUGCCCUGGACAUUUGUCCACCAACCCGCCCUCCCGGGUCUACCGCGCUUCUUUGGAGCUUCUCAACUUCAGGCCCUGGGAAGGUCAAGUAGGUCCAUGCCCUGUCUGGGGGCUCCCUCCAGCCCCUACAUCUCCCCAUGCUCAGGGUCCUUGGAGAAGUUGGAGGCAGAAUCCAGGAUCCAUGCCUCAUCCAGGUCCAGGCCCCAGGACCUGGAGACUGGAGCUCCUGGCCAGUGUAAGGCUAGAUGUAGGUGUGUGCGCCUGCGCGCGUGCGCGUGCGCGAGGGGUAUACGGUGCAUACUUUGCUGAUCUCUUUAGGAAACGUGGGGUUAGCGUCAAAGGGAGUGGGUGGGCAAUAGGACAUCCAGUUCAAUAUCACCCAGCCGUGAAAAGAAUCAGGAGUGCCCCUGAUGGGAGGAACCGCAGUAUUGUUGUUGGGGAUGACUCGCUCCCCUGUGUGGGGCUCUGGCAGAUGGGCUCCUUCCUGACUUCUCUGUCCUCCGAUGUCCAGACUGUUGGAGGACUUCCAUGUACGUCCCACACCUGGCCUCUUCCUGGCAGUGGGGUCUUUGCCGACGGAUGUCCCAAGUUUGGUUUCUGAUCAGUGUUAAACAGGUGGAGACUCUCCUGGGUGGCCGUGUUUGGUUUGUGUGUGAGAGUGAGCACAUCGGUGUUCACACGCCGUGUUCCCCCAUUUUCUCUCCUCCCUCUGUCAUGCCGUCCAGAACAAAUGUAAGAGAUUCUUUGCCUCCACCUCCCGGCCUCCCCGGCCCCUGCAGGAGAGACGGAAGAACCCAGCCUCCUCCCGACCCCCUGGCUGUGUAUUUAUAUAGAUGGAAAUAUCCUUUCUAUUUUGUAUCAUCGUGCCUAUAGCCUCUGCCACCUGUGUAAACCCCAAUCUGCGCUACUUCCCUGGAUAUGAAUGUAUCGAAGCCCUUGCCCGCCCGCUCCUGUACAGCUGCUUUGUCUCCUUGCGCCCAUUGUAUGGCUUUAUUCAUGAUAAAGCGAAAGAAAAAUCUG